CUUGGUCCUUUCUUGCGCAUCUUACGCGUUUUCCCGAAGGAAAAUGGCUCCCAUCUGUCACUCGGUCGUAAAAGUCUAAUUCAUAAAAAGGAAAUCCUCGGCAAUAAACCCCCACCAAUUGGUAGUCCAUUAGCAAUAAACAAACGAGGAUCGAAGUAAUGAGCGUGGAAUUACAUGAUACGCAGUUGCGAUUAGUGAACGUUAUUAAAAAACGUGAUAGGGUGUUUGAGCUUAAAAAGAGGGCGAGAAGGGGGUGGGAGAGUGAGCAAAGCGCAAAGUGAAUUCUCGUUGGUGCCAUGAAAACUUGUAACGAGUGAAAAAUACUGUUUACAUUACUGCAUAAAUCGAAUAAACGAAUGAGGACCAUAAUUCUCACGUUACAAUUAAAAAAACAAAAAAAAAGGACUAUCAUUGAAAAGGGUAUCGUAUUGUUAGGACGCUUGAUUUCGAGCUUGCCGAAUAAGCGCCGUGUUUGACAAUUUCUUCGAGUGGAUACGGGGGAGAUCGUUUAAUCGACCCACCAAACCGCACGCACAUUCAACUUUAAUUUAUCCGAGCCUCCCCAACUACAGCAGCAUGGGUUCCAGUCAACAGUUCUCCCUCAGAUGGAACAAUUAUCUCAAACACAUAACUUGCGCCUUUGACACUUUGCGCACCGACGAAGACCUCGUCGACGUCACUCUCAGCUGUGAGGGAAAACGCAUCAGGGCCCACAAAAUGUUGCUUUCUGCGUGUAGUACAUAUUUCCGGGAUUUGUUCAAGGAGAAUCCUUGUCAACAUCCAGUUAUCAUAUUUCGUAAUGUAAAAUUUGAUGAUCUCGCGGCACUCGUUGACUUCAUGUACCAGGGAGAAGUCAACGUUGUACAGGAGCAGUUAGCCAGUUUUUUGACAACUGCGGAACUUCUGGCGGUACAAGGGCUGACUGACGGCACUGGAAAAGAUAGCGAUAGUAUAGUUGAGGAUGAUGUGGAAAUUCCUAAUGAACCCGAAGUCCAACUACAAAACGCGGCCGGCAAACCAAUGACGAACAGCAAGGGCAAUAAAUCCCCCUCCUCCCCCUUGCCCUUCCAGUCGGUUGAUGUACAAUCCGAAGCCACGCCACCCACGAAGCGACGGAAAUGCCGUGAGAAUCGUAGUCUAAAUGCGGACAAAUCACAACGUGAAAAUAACGCGAAUACGACAAAGGACAGCGAAAAAACAACUGAUAAUCAGGCAAACGCUUCGGGAUCCGAUCCCGUUGAAAUAAUACCACUCAUGCCAAAUUUCAAACUAGAAAUGCCCGAGUACAUGGAACAAGAUGGCAGUAGUUGUAGUUACGAAGAACAAAACGCCGGCGACAGUUCAGUCAACAAAUUGGUAGCUGAAGAAACAACCUCGAAUACUAUUGAACAUGAACAUAAACCAGACAUCAGCCAGACUUUCUAUUCGGUUAAUCAAACGGAUGUACUCGAAGGAAAGCGCGCAUCGACGGAUAUCGGACAUCUUCUAUCGAAGCCAGGCACAUCAGGAGAGAGGCUAGGACAGGAAGCAGCACAGGAUUCACGUACAUUGGUCAUCGAACAACCGUCGCAUGCGUGCAAACUCUGCGGUAAAUCAUUUUGGAAUCGGGACUCAAUGUAUAAACACAUGAACAUGCAUAAGGGAACGACACAGUGUCCCGUAUGCCACAAAGUACUCAGCCGUACGACGCACAUGAAGCGUCAUUUAAAGAAUCGUCACGGCUGGUUGGGAUUCGGAAGUUUAACGUCAGAUAACGUUCGUAAUCCAUCCCAAUUAAUGAGCAAUGUGACAGGGGCGACACCAACGACAACAACGACGAGCGGUGCAACCACGACACUCGCUCAACAGCCCCAACAGACCAACACAAACAAUACUACUUCGUCGAGCGUCGAUCCGAGCGCACCAACGUUUACAACGAUACGGAUUAGAGAAAGCAGCGUCGAGAGAAUCACCUCUAGUCCUAUUCCUUAAUGUGAAUAAUCAGCCAAAGAUAACAACACGAUUUUAACCAUUCAAACGACUACAACCAAACAAAACGUCUAAGAAAACUAAUGCUAAAAGAUAUACGCGCCGUAUUAUGUCUUGCCUGAAUUUUUUUAUCAGUCAAACCGAAUACGAAUGCGUUUUAAUCAAUAUCUAUGAUUUAUAGAAAAGUCAUGAAAAGAAAGGGAAAAAAACGCAACCAACUUGUCGCACUAGUCAUUCGUACGCAUAUGUAUAUAAGUACCAAAUUAUGACUAUAUUUAAUUCUAUAUGAAUGUGUGUGCGUGUGCGUGAACGUGUGUUUGAGCGUGUGUAUAUAUUAAUAAAUAGGGGUUAUGUGUACCGUUCGAGCCGGCGCACACUAGGCCGGGUCGCAUCGUAUUUUUCGAAUCGCUUUUUAACGGCCGGCACGCACUGGGCCGGGCUCGGCCGCAUGUCGCACUUUUUCAAUUACUUUCAUGCAUUUUUAAUGUAAUACACUGGCAAAAGAGGCGUUUUUUUUUUAAUUUUCUUUCGGUUCAACUUUUCGGUGGCACAAGGAAAAUAAACAGUUUUUAAUCUCAGUAAUAUAUUUUGGAUAUAGCUCGCUUAUUACGAAAAGUUAAGAGCGCGGGAUUUCGUUCCCAGUGCGACGUGACGCGAUGCGGCCCGGCCCGCCUCUAGUGGCCGCCCUCCGCAUUUUCAAGUGCUUCGCUAUACGGCCCGCUCCGCCGUUAGUGUGCGCGAGCCUUUACACAAAAAGGAAGAAAAUGCCACACACACAUCACGAGAAUUUGCCACACUUCGCAUGCAACAUACUUUUUUUGGGUUACGUUACAACUAUUUUUUGUUUAUCUUGCCCUUUUGACGUCAACCAAAGACCACGCGAUCGAUAAAGAGCGAUAUCGUUUUUCUAGUCACCUAAUUUCUCGGUACUUAAACGUAGUCUAAGGAGGAAUGUGCAUUUUUCACACGAAAAUAUAUUGAAUUUGUUUUAUUUUAUUUUAUUUUUUUUUCAUUUCGUUUAUGAACGUCGAUAAUCGAUUACGACUUGGAUUACUAGAUUUUCAAUGAUGGAGGAAUAUUCGCACUAGUCGUGGAAACUGCCAAACGCGAUUGACGACUGUUCAAUCGUCUGGAGAGCCCUAGUAGCAAUUUUUGAUUUUUUCGAUUCGUGUUUUAGUCAUGUUUAAAAAUAAAACAAAAAAUAAAUAGACUGUGACCUUUGAUUCGAAUGUUUUUGAAUCGAUCGAACUCGGAGAGUCCGGAUAGGAGGGUCGGGGAGCGAUGCACAUGAGUUUGUAGGUUAUAAACACAUGAAAUAUAAACGGUCGAGAAAGGACUCGAUCAACCUUGCCAAAUUUUGAGCAAACUAAUAAUAAUGAAGGGCGUUCUUAUUUUCGAAUGAGAACCCUUCACGGUUAUGGUAUUUUGACAUUUACUCAAGAUGAUAAUAAAGUAUAAUUCUUACGAGUUCACCAACUUGCCAAAAAAUGAGUUUUUUGUUUGUUAUAAUUUCAUCCACCGAUGACGAAAUAUUGUUUUUUCUCUGCGAGAGGAGGUUAGAAAAAGGACAGGAGGAGAGCGUAACCAAGUUUUUUUUGUUCUUCGGGUGUCGCGAAUGAUUUUUUUCUUUUGUUUUCAAGUUAUCGCCAUUUCUUUGUUGCCAUUGAUUAUUAUUAUUUUCAUUUGUUUAUUAUUUUUACGAAUAUAUGGAGUUCGAGGGGAAAAGUGUAGAGGGAGAAGAGCGUUGCUCUGAGUCUAAUAUCACGUGCAAUUUUGCUUUAAGAAAAACACCGUGGCAAUAGACAGACCACUUGAAUUAUCGUUCCGUGUCUCAGUCGUAGCCAUAUAAAUUCAUUAUUAUUCGUUUGACGUGUGUAAAACCCCGAAAAUAAUGAUAAAAGGAGGAAAAAACACAUAAAAAAAAGAAAAAUAACCACCAAAGUUUAGCUUGUAUUUCGAGUUUAAGAUAUAUUUGUUUGGUGUAUAUUUCAUUUGGUAUCGUGAAUUAUAUCGAAAGAAAAAGAAAUGAGGCAAACGUAGUCCGGAGAGAGAACUACGAAAAAUACAAUUCACUGCGUUUUACCAGCUCUACCAUAAUAUAUAAAUAGAUAUAUUAUAUAUACAUGCAUAAAUAUAUAUUUCUUAUGGACCGAGAGAUUUGUUUCUGGACGUCAUUUAUUCAGGAUUAUUUUUUUUUUUUUAUACGAAGUUCCCUACCGAUUGAUCGUUUUAUACGGGUUUAAAAACGUACAAAGAAAUAUGUAACUGCAUAUAUAUUUCGUGACGCGUACAGUAACCCUCGGUAGAUCAAAAACUCAAUGUUAUUUUGUUAUAAAAACGAAGAAAAAGGAAAUAAAAACUCGACUACAACCAAACGAAUGUGCACAUUCCUCAAUAAAAAAAUGAAAGAAUGAAAGAAAAAAUAAAACAAAAGCGAAAAAAAGUAAAAUACGAAAUAAGUACAAGAUUGCCAAUUUAUUAGUUUAAACAGCGUCGAUACGAUCGAUAAAUUAUGUUUCUUUAGUUAAUUAUUUAUGAAAAACAGCCACAACAAAAUCGGAAAAGUGAAAUAAACGAACGGAGAUGAUUACAUCUAUUUAAGGUAUUAAGUAACCCUAUGUUCGGCUUAUAUAGCAGGCAAAUAAUGUAAGUGAACAUCUGUGUGAAUAAAGUUUAAAAAUUUAAAUUAAUCGACGCAGCAAACAACAA